AUUUUUGAAAUUUCGGAUUUUGAUCCUUUCCGUCCCAGCAUUGCAACCACAUGCAAAGAGAUGUACCGUACGGUGCCGCCGGGAUUGAUGGACUGCAACACUAGCGCUGCUUGUAAYAUCAACUAAAGUAGAUGCGCAAAAAAGAAAAUGUCGCUGGUCUCGGAACGAAGCAAUCCCAGCGCAUCCCGUCUGAGUGGCUGUAGCAAACGAACGGUUGCCAUCGACGAGGAUUUUUACAAUUCUAUYGGCAGAGCGUAUAGCAGCGGGGAGGACGACGACAGCGACGGUGCCUACGACGACGAUGGUGGCAUUAGCACCGAAAACCUCGGUCAAUGGUCCUCGAUCAAAGGCGGAGAUACUGCGGGCGCCCGUGCCCCCGAAGCGACCCUAUCCAAAGCAUCAUCCAUAGCUGUAGCUGCUGCAACAAACCCCUCGAGAAUGGGCAGCACCAGCGAAAGAACCACACAAAACGAUGCRGCCCACAACGGCAAGCAUUCCUUGUAUACCACGGGACAGUCCAAUCUCCACGAACCAUACAGGAAGGUCCCCGCAAAUCCAGAGGCGCCACCCACUGCGUUYGUUUCGGACKUGGAGCCCCAGGCAGCGCUUUCUUGUGCUGGUCCGCUCGUAGGUGCAAUCGCCAGUUGCGAAGCGAGAAGUGCUCCUGAUGCCAUGGACGAUGCGGAGCAAGGAGUUGGUGGCAGCGACAUGGUUUUGGAGCGGAGGACAUGUCUGCAGCAGCAAGAACAACCAAUGGAAAUCGAAGAAUCGUGCCCGAGGAAAAGCUUCGGACUCGAAGACAGAAUCGACAAGGCCAGAAUUUCCGGAAGCAACGACGGAGAUAGCAGUUAUCAUGGAUCGAUUAGCACGGCCUCCAGYAUCAACAAGGAUAGAGGCGUGGAAGUCCCGCGCCUCUGGAUCUGCGACCGCGUCGACGGGACAGUUUGUGUUUCUGACGAGGAGCAACAGAGAUUUCCAGAACGGGACACCCGACCUCCUUGCUUUCUGUGCUUGCCCUCGCCGAUCCUAACRAUAUUUCCGUGGUUGCUGGAAGAGAACUUGUUUUGUGUGACCGUCGGAAAAUUUGGAUUCUUUGGAAGAGGCUACCGUGGCGAAGCGCCAUCCAGACACGGAAAAACAAUCCAAUCCACCACCGCCGACGAAUCCGASGCCGUCGACAUCGACGUUGGCUUUUUUCGCACCCGGUUCUUGAUGCACAAUUUGCGAUUGAACUUGUGUGGAUUCCUUGUGACGGUGCUUGCAACCGUAGCCCUAACCAAAAGCAGUGCCGGUCUUCUCGAGCUUGCUUCCUUUGGUCGAACCAACCUGAAUCCGGACAGCAAUUACAAAGAAGAAGCGGGCAGCGUCGCCUCCUCUCCCGUGAAUCUUUACAUGGGAYUGCUAGCCAUGGGAAUCGAUAAUCCGAAUGGAAUCGAAAACGGCUCUAGCAGAAGGACAAAGGUUGUUCCGUUUCAGGACUUCUGCACCACUCAAGGAAUAGACCAGUUCCUCCCGGAAGAUGAUUGCCACAAAUGUGCCCAAAUUAGCGUUUGGAUCAUCGUUGGUUUCGUCGUGAUACUGCUGAGCUAUAUACCGACCUUUACGACAGGAACGCUUCGGCUCUAUGAGCACUAUGACAUGAAUUGCUCCAAGGUGUGGGCCGGUUUUUGGUCAUUCCUUGGUUUGGUGGGCUAUGCCGUAGUCCUCUAUUGUUACAGCGGUGUGUGCCUAGAGUCGCUCUACCAUGGAGAGAUGAUCUAUACCGGGGGCAGAGAGGUGUACACCAGCGAUCAAUUUGAGAGCAUCGCGGGCGAUCCGGACGAACGUAUCGUCCGGGUAACUUUCGAGUGGAAGAUGGGGAUCGGUCAGGUCCUGUUUCUGGUUGGAUUUGCGCUCAAGGCGGUCGAUUUUGUUGCCAACUGCUGCAUCGCAACCCCGGCCAUCACCCGGUCGCGAAGUGCCCAGUGGGACUACGAGGACUUGUCGCUGCUGACCAAGAAGAACGCCGAGGUUCCGUGAUGUCCUUGUUACCCCAAGACCGCACGCGUUCCGAGAACCCGGAACCGAGCCGGGGAGGAUCGAAACCUCGAACAGCAGUUGGAUUUCUCUGCCCCGGCGGUAAAAGCCCUUCUUCUGGUGAUCCACGUCGUGGUUACCGUUGCUCCGGAGGGCAGACCACCGCGGAACCCGGCCUCUUUAUUGUUGUGGCGAUUGAUGGCGACGCUGCCGCUGCCGUUGCGAUCUCCAACCCUGUGUGUGUUCCGCCGCAGUGAUUCGUUCGAUGUAUGGGCCGGCCGCCAGCCUUCGGAGGCGAAGGGUUCGAGUCGCCCCCAGAUGGUUCGAAUCAAUCCGUUUGGCCGUUCGCUUUGAACGCACAGAGAGAGAGAGAGAGAGAGACUCAGACACACAAGCACCGGUACACACUCAAGACACAGACCUAGACUCAACCACAGACGCACACCGUGGGGCAUUCGAGAACCAAAUUGUCCACGCCAGCAUUAUUCUACUAAAAGUGGCAACAGCAGUAGUAUUUUGAGUCGGCAACAACGGCCGGAGGCAGCAGGAGUGUCAGCCAACAAAAAUUGUAGUGCCAAACAAAAACAAGGAUUUUGUUGAGUGUUUAGAAGAAGGAUUAUUCUUCUUUCUACUACCAGAAUGCUUCGUGUCAAGCAACAGCAACAACUAGGAAGAUAGUGCCAAGUUGCUAUGCUUUGAUAAAUGCUACUGCCACUACUACUGGCUGCGACAAAGACAUUCAACAAACAGGAAAGUAAAUACUAAGAAUUAAG